UAAAGUGGAUCAAUGAGAACUCAGUAGCUCAACACACGGGGAACUCCAUCCCAGAUUUCCAAAUUCCAUUUCACUUUGUAAAGAAACAGAAUGAAAAAUUAGAUCUUUUUCCUGUUUUCAAAUCAAUAAAAAUCCCAACCUUUUUCCCAGCAAGAGAAAGGGAAACAAUGAACGUGAGUCGUCCGGCGAUUCAUCCGGUGGAGGCUCCUCCGAUGACGGAGGCCGCCGUGCACCGUCCUAGAGUAAGGAUGAAGGACAUACCAGGCAUGCCUGGGACUAAAGGUGGCCUCUUUCUUCGUCUUUUUCAGUUCAUUUCCUCCAUCAUUUCUGUCUCUGUCAUGGCCACCACCAAUGAUUUCCGCUCCGCCACAGCUUUUUGCUACCUUGUUCUUGCUGUUGGCCUGCAAAGUUUAUGGAGCCUGUCCCUGGCAUUUGUCGACAUAUAUGCCAUUUUGGUCAAACGAAGUCUGCGAAACCAUGUAGCACUACGUUUAUUCACGAUUGGUGAUGGGAUCACUUCGACCCUUACAUUCGCCGCUGCUUCUGCAUCAGCUGGUAUAACAGUCCUGAUUGGAAAUGAUCUUGACAAAUGUGGUCUGAACCACUGCACUCAGUUUGAAACUGCUACAGCAAUGGCCUUCAUCAGCUGGUUCGCCAUGUCGCCAUCCUUUCUGUUGAGUUUCUGGUCAUUGGCUUCCCAGUGAUGAUUGUGGAGUUUGCACUUCCUUCUGACUUUUCAAUAUGUUGUGUUGUUGAUUAAACCAACAGUGUAUAUAUACAUAGAUUUUUUGCUAGGGUUCCUGAGUUUUCUUCUUAAAACAGUACUUGUAUAUUUGAGUAAGCACACUAUUUUCAUUAUAAAUUACUUUCUUCCCUGCUUUUC